AUGGUCAAGCUUGCUGAGUAUGCGCGCACAGCGACGUUUGCAUGGUCGCAUGACAAAGCUCCGUUGUUGGCGACAGGAACCGCGUCAGGGGCUAUUGACGCAGAUUUUUCGAGCGAGUCCACAUUGGAACUGUGGUCGCUGCUGUCGCCGCAUUCUUCCAAACCAGAGGCAGCGAUCAGUGCAGACGCCAAAUUCAAUGAUCUCGACUGGUCUCACGACAGCCAGGUGAUAGCAGGCGCGCUCGAAAACGGCACCGUGGAGUUUUUUUCUGCACCAGAGCGCGCGUCUGUCGCCAAAAUCGCCAAACACACGACUCCCGUCAAGACUUUGAAGUUCAACUCCAAACAGGUCAAUGUUCUGGCUUCAGGUGGCAGUAAGGGCGAAAUCUACAUUUGGGAUGCAAAUAAAGUUUCCUCAGAGGAUUACUCGCCGUUCGUGCCCGGAACGGCCAUGACGCCUCUCGACGAAAUCUUCUCGCUUUCUUGGAACCAGAACCAAUCACACGUUUUCGCUUCUGCUGGGUCCUCAGGGUUCGCGUCGAUAUGGGACUUGAAGGCCAAGAAAGAGGUCAUUCAUCUGAGCUAUUUGUCGCCCGUGACAGGCACCAAGAACCAGCUGUCUAUCGUCGAGUGGCAUCCUAACAAUUCGACCAAAAUUGCCACGGCAAGCGGCAACGACAGCGAUCCUUCUGUUUUGGUUUGGGAUUUAAGAAAUGCCAACGCGCCUUUGCGCGUGUUGUCACAUGGCCACAACAAGGGUGUGCUUUCGCUCGACUGGUGCAAACAGGACGAAUCGCUUCUACUUUCCAGUGGUCGCGAUAACACAUGUGUUUUGUGGAAUCCAGAAGAAGGCCAAAAACUAGUUCAGUAUCCAACUCGCGGAAAUUGGAUCUUCAAGACCAAAUUCGCCCCUGCUGCGCCGGAUCUUUUCGCCUCAGCCUCUUUCGACAACAAAAUCGAAGUACAGACAUUGCAAGAUCUGACCACAACGCUAGAUUUGGAUGAAUCGGUUACCAAACAACAAGAAUCAGAGGUUGACUUUUGGAAUAACGUUUCAGAGCAAAAAGAUACCGAAAAGCCUAUAGUUUCACAAGUGCAAGCUCCUGCGUGGUAUGAGACCAAGUCUUCGGCACGUUGGGCCUUUGGCGGCAAGCUUGUCUAUGUGAGUGGGAAUGGCAAAAAUGUUACUAUCGCCAAUCCUUCUAUUCCAGGUAUCGAACAAAACACGCUGUUGGAUAAGGCUCUUCAAACCAGCGAUUUCAAUCCAAUUAUCAACAAGCGACUUGCUCAGAGUUUGGAUAAUGUUAACGAGGAAGAUUGGACAAUGCUCGAAAAGCUUUCGCUAGAUGGUCCCAAGGCUUUUUUGGAAGAAGCGCUCUCUUUCGAUGAUGAAGAAGACGAGAAUUCUGACGAGAAAAAGGGUAAUGAGGAAGAUGAUUUCUUCAGCAAGUUGAAUGAAAAAUUCGAACCUUCUGGCCCUUUCAAACUCGAAGCUGAAAGCGAAUCAAUCGAGAUUAUCCAAAGUUUACUUCGCAAAAACUACAAAGCUGCCAUUUCAACGGCUUUGGAGAAAGAUCUUCUUUUGGAGUCCCUUGUUAUUGCCUUGGACUCCAACGAUGAAGUUUUGAAGAAGCAGGUUAAGGAAGCCUACUUUUCGAAGAGAAGCCACGAUUCACCUCUAGCGCGUACAUUAUAUUGUUUUUCCAGUCAAAAUCCCAUCGACAUGGUUGAAAACCUUGACGUUGAGCAAUGGAAAUAUGCUGCAAAGGCUGUUAUAACUCUGGAAGCAGACGCCGAGACAAAAAAUGAAUUGCUCGUCAAAUUGGGUGACAAGCUUCUUGCCAGCGACAAGCGCCAGGAUGCGCUCAUUUUGUUUGUCGCUGCACACUCUCUGGAUAAAGUGGCUUCUGUCUGGCUCAGCGAGUCUUCAGAGUUGGAAUCCAAAAUGAGAAGCAAAAAAGCGUCCGUUUACGAGGCUCAUUUGGAGUGUUUGACGGAAUUUGUUGAGAGAUUCACAGUUUUCUCUCGCAUGACAAGCGCCUUGGGAGACUCAAAAUUUGUCAACCAGGAGCUCGUCUCAAAACUACUAGAGUUUGUCAACUUGACCUCGUCUAAUGGUAACUUCGACCUCGCUUUGAGGUUUUUGGAGACGCUGCCUGAAAGCAAUGAAGAGGUUGCAACUGAGAAGCAGCGCGUUUUGAUCGCCUCCAAUAAAACCGAUUCUGCUACUGCCAAAACUAAAAAACAUAAAUAUGGCAGUGAAAGUGCUGUGGCCCCCGGCCCCUUCAAUCAGGCCUCGAAUUUGGUUAAGCCGGGGUUAGUUUCUACUUCUCCUUUUGCGCAACCCGCUACCUUAGCUACGCGGACACCAUCUAUCGGCGGUUCUGCUUCCUCAGUUGCGAGACAAAAUUCCUACAUUGCGACUGGAAGUAACUUGGCGACUCCGAUGAAUAAGUACGCUCCGGUUGGAGGUGUUACGGCAGCUCCAAGUAGCGUCCCUGUAACAGUGCCAAGUGCCUUCGGUGGGCAAACAAAUCCAUAUGCGGCCCCUGCUCCCUCGGCAAAUCCUUACGCUCCUCCUCAGGCAAUGAACACAGGCUUUGUCGCCAGCGCUGCAGCAGCUUCCGGAAACUUUACCAAUGGAGUCAGCCUGCCUUACAACCCAAUUGCAAGUGUGAUUCCUCUAGGAGACAGGGGCUUCAAUGAUUUAGGUGCCGGCAUGACCCGACCCCCCAGCGAACCAUCUGGCCAAUCUCCACACUUGAAUAAGAAGGCUAACGAUGGAUGGAAUGACUUACCCUUGAGUGUGAAGGAAAAAUCAACGCGUGCCAAGGCAGUUUCUGUAGCGCCAGUGAGUAUCCAUAACCCAGUGGCAUCCGUUCCUGGUGCCCAGGCGCCUUCAAGUCGGGCAGUUCCUCCACCACCCCUUUCUAGAGUAACAUCGAGUGCCACGGUGGCCACCCCACCCCCACAAAAUGCCACAACUAAAGCUUUACCGCCUUCUGCCGCCACUUCCUCAUCGACACCUUCUAACCCUUACACUCCUCCUAUGAAAGCUGUCGCGCCACCAUUGAUGAACUCGCAAUCCAUUGCGCCACCAACCCCACCGCUAAAUCCUUAUGCCCCACCAGUAGCUACCACAGCGGCUCCCGCGGCAGCCGCCAACGCUUAUGCCCCUUCGGUAGCAACCUCUACUGCUCCUCCAGUGUCCAACCCUUACGCACCCUCACCAGCUGCGAUGGUUUCUCCUACACCGGCAACGAUGGCUUAUGGUUCAGGACCACCCUUGAACGGAUUCACAAGCAAUCCUCCUCCCACGAAGCCAUCGGUUGGACCACCUCCAAAGACGAUGAACAGAAAGACCCAUGCUUCUCAACAGGUGGAUUCCGCCAACGCCCUGUUAGAUUCAAUGCAAAAUAAAGCUCUUCCGGUUCAAGCGGCCAGUGAGCUUCCACCAGUUACUGGAAGCCAACCUCCCGCAUCGGCAGAAUCUUCACUAACUGAAACUCCUUCUCAAAACGCUCCUUCAGGUAUACCGGCUGACCAAGAGCCGAUCGUGGAGUUUUUGCAAAGCGAACUUGCGCGUGUCAGUCCGCUGAUCCCACGUGAGUAUAGCAAGCAAUUGAAAGACUGUAAUAAGAGACUAAACAUUUUGUUCGGCCACUUAGAGAGACAAGAUCUUUUGACGCCUCCUACGAUUGCAAAACUGCAAGAGACGAUUAACUUUAUGAAGGAACAAAAAUACGAAGAGGCCAUGCAAUGUCAUGUUGAAAUCGCAACCAAUCACUCCCAAGAGGCUGGAAACUGGCUGACUGGUGUUAAAAGACUCAUUAGUAUUGCGGAGGUCACUUCGACUUGA